UAUUUUUGCCUUUCCCUACGGCGAUUUCGUCACCGCCGAAUCUGCGCUGCCGCAGAUCAUGGAGGACGAGAAGCUCGCCGCCUACUACGACGACCUGACACGGAGAGGCGGCGGCGCCGCCCGAUUUAAGCAAGGACUUGGUUUCUCGUCAGCUACACCAUCUUCCGACGAUGUCGUUCCCGCCAGAGGCUCCGCGCUCCCAACAACCUCGUCUUUUCUUAGUAGCUUCGUCAAAGCAUCGAGUCCUUCCAAAACCGCCGAAUUCGAAAAGGAAUCGCAGCUCCAAUCGAUCCAGAAGAAGCUCGGUAAGAAGCCCGUAGAAAAGGAGCGAAGCCGUAGCCCUAGCCGCAAACGGAGCCGAAGCCGGAGCCGGAGCCGUAGUCCUAGCCGAGAUAAGCAUAAGGAGAAGCGGUCGAGGCGUCGAAGUAGGAGCCGCGAUAGGCAUUCGAGACGUAGCCGGAGCCGCGAUAGGAGGUCGAGGAAGAGGAGCCGGAGCCGGAGCCGGGAAUAUGACUCCAGGCGGAAAAAUCGGUCCAGGAGUAGAAGCAGGAGCGGAGAACGGAACAAAGAGAGGAGUGGAAGGAGACCGUCGCCGGCGGGAAGGAGGCCGGAGAAGAGUAAAAAGGGCGGCGGUGCUGCAAUUGAUUACCCCAAAUUAAUCGAAGGUUAUGACAAUAUGACACCGGCCGAAAGAGUCAAAGCCAAGAUGAAGCUUCAGCUGUCGAAAACUGCCGAAAAUGAUGAAGCAAUUGGCCAGGGCACAGGGUGGGAGCGAUUUGAAUUCAACAAGGAUGCCCCUCUUGACGACGAGGAAGUUGAAGCUGUGGAUGAUGACUCAGAAGUUGUCAAGCGCAUUGGUCAAAGCUUUCGUUUCUCGGCUGUUGAGGCAAAACGAGAAGAAACAGUUAAGGUUGCUCAUGACGAAGCAAUGUUUGGAGGCUCUUCAUAUCCGCUACCUCCAGAAACAGUCGAGGAAGCAGAAGAAGAGAGCCCCGGCAAACAAAGCAUUGAAACUGCCCCUCCUGCUGCUAGUCUCCUAAGUGACCAGAUUCUGAUGAAGCAGCAAGGCUCAUGGCGCGAUCGUCUCCGUAAACCAUGAAGUUCAAUGACUACUUACAACCCCAUCGCAGCCACUUGUCGCAGAGCAAUAGGUUAUUAUCAAAUCUCGAAGAUUUCGUCUGCUCAUACUCUAUGCUGUGAUUAUGGAGCAACAAGACGGGGAUUUCUUGAUUUCUUUGAUGUUUGGAAUGUUAUUGGUGAUGGAUAUGAAAGUUCACCUCUCAAGAUCCGAAAGUACGAUGUGUAAUUCGAGCAACGAGCUAACGGAAGAAGAAGAAACAAUUGAUGACUUUGUGAAGCCAAAUCAAGGGAUCGUGAAUAUCUAAGGUACUUUAGGGUGUAUUUCUUGUUUGAAUCUGGAUUUAAUGCUAUAUUAAUAGGUGUUUGAUGUGAUAUUUUAAAUGAAAAUCAAAUAUUUUUUA